AUGCAGGAGAUACAGAGCAGCCAGGUUGUCUACAUGGCAAACCUGGGAGACUUCAGCAUCAGUCUGAGGAGAGGUGUGUUUGGGUUCCACUCCCUGAGAGCUGAGCUGGAGUCAGACGUCCAUCCCCAACAACCUCUGGUCCACGAGACGGAUGAUACCGGAGCUCAGGCCGGCGCUGCCGGGCCGCGAAAACAUGAACCUGCUGCUGAAGACCAAGACGCCACACACGAGGAUUUACUUUGUGAAGGAGGGGACACCCUGAGAAAGCAGACACCCUCCAUCCCACACUGCAAAGAAAAACCUGAUUCAGACGACCUGGUGGGGUUUGAGGAAGAAGACUCCUCUGAAGACGAUACAGCUCCUCUCUCCCUUUUGGGUGCAGAGUUUCUCAUGGACCGGUUGGAGGACUUCGAUAACCCAAAUGAAAGCACGGUGACUGAAGUUUGGCAAACUGACUGGCACAAGAAUCACUUGGCCGCUCUAAGCAGUGUGAAGUUUGACAGCCUCCUGAGAUUGAGCCCAGAGUUUCAGGAUUGUAAAAGCCACUUGGCAGCAUUUGUACUGAUAAAAGAUGUGUUGGAUACAGCCGGUCGCCCACGUGAGCAUUACACAGUGGUGGCUCUGGGCACCGGCCGCUCAAGCUGCAGCGAGAGGCUUCGCUUCAGCGGGACGCUGGUCCACGACUGCCAUGCCCUCGUCAUCGCCAGACGGGCUCUGCUCAGGUUUCUGUAUAAACAGCUUUUGCUGUUUUUUGAUGCUGAUCCAAAGGCCAAGGAGGACUCUAUCUUUGAGAGUAUUGCAGACGGCAACCAGCUGCAGCUCAAACCUAAGAUCAGCCUGCAUCUCUACACCAAUCAGUGCCCCGAAGGAGCUGCUAAGAACCUCUACUGCAAGCGUCCAGGGAGAGACAGUUGGAACAUGGUGAAGCUGCAGUAUCAUGCCAGCGGCCGGUUGGUCCCCGUGGCGUACCUGGACCCGGGUCUGUGGGGGGCCAAAGUCUGCUGCAUGUCUGGAAGUGACAAGUUGUGUCGCUGGACUGUCACUGGCGUCCAGGGUGCGCUGCUCAGCCACUUCAUCGCGCCGCUGUACAUCACCAGCAUGGUGAUAGGAUGCCAGGGCAGAUUAGACAAGGAAGUGUUAGACAUCACCAACAAGCGACUGGGUGAAGGAUGGGAGGGCUCUCUGCCUCCUCUCUACAGGAAACAGAACAUCACCUUCCUCCGUGGUAGCUACGUGGGACCGGCCGGGCGGUCUCCGCUGCACGACAAUCUCAGCAUCAACUGGAGUCUCGGAGAUAAGGACGUUGAAGUCGUGGACAGUAGCAAAGGCGUCAUCGCUAAGGGCUCUCUCUUCGUGAGUGGGCCUGGAUUCUCCAGCAGACUUUGCAAGAGAGCCCUCUACUCUUAUUUCCGGCUGGUUGCAGAGCUGGGUGCCCGCAGCUCCCUACUGCAGCUUCCUACCUGCCACAGUGUCAAGGUGGAGGCCAGCAUGUACCAGACGGCUAAGGAUCUGGUCAGGAAAAAGUUCCUGAGCAUCAACGAAGGGCCGUGGAAUUCAAAAAAGCUGGUGGACAGUUUCAGUGCUUGAACGCUCUUCGAAAAACUAGUUCUGUAAAAGUUCAUCUCAGUUCCCCAUGAGAUUUAAUUCAUUGUUUUUCUGUGUACUUUGCAUACCGGCUUGAGAAGUUAUUCCUGCUUUAUUCUGUUAAACACCAGAGUUUCCAGUUUGUGUAGGUGUUUGAGAAAAAUAAAAA